AUGUCGUCAGAACACCAAGGCCUCGUUACAUCGACUUCGCACGACGGCGUGGCAAUAAGCCCCGAAGAUGCGUUGCUGUUGGACACCCAUUCGCUGAUUAUUCGCGAAGACCGUGUGACGAUUGCCGACAAGAGGAAGUCGUCCAAGAAGCGCGAUGCUUCAUGCUGUGGAAUUGCUGGCACCGGCAAGCCUUCUGACGAGCUCGUUACUCUACAUAAUAUCCUCUGGGCUCGGGUAUACAUUUCCGAGGACAAAAGUGCUGUUCAAAUUACUUCUGCAAAGGAACUUUCUAGUCGACUUGUUAAACCCUCUACAAUUUCUAUCCCGAUCGAUGAUGGCGACUUGGAAAAGGCGGAUAGAUGGGUCGAGAGAUUACUUGAGAAGGCAUACGAAGGCAUGUAUCUCUCAGCGGCCAAACGUUUCAAGGUCCUAAUAAACCCACACGGUGGUCCGGGGACGGCAGAAAAGAUAUACAAAACCGAGAUCGAACCGAUAUUCGCCGCCGCUAGUUGCCAUAUCGAUGUUGAACAUACAGAGUACUCCGAGCAUGCGAUCAAGAUCGCACAGGAGUUAGAUAUCGAGGCAUAUGAUGCUGUAGUCUGUAUCUCUGGCGACGGCGUGCCGCAUGAGGUGUUCAACGGUCUUGCAAGAAGACCGGAUGCCCGGAAAGCAUUGAAUAAAAUCGCAGUUUGCCAAUUACCCGGUGGGUCUGGCAAUGGCAUGUGCUGGAGCUUUACAGGAACGGAUGCGCCGAGCUUAGCAGCCGUUGCUCUUGUUAAGGGAAAACGGACGCCGUUCGAUUUGGUUUCCGUUACCCAGGGAGAUAAAAGGAUACUUUCCUUCUUGUCCCAGUCUGUCGGACUGACGGCCGAACUUGAUCUAGGGACGGAGAAUAUGAGGUGGAUGGGUAAUACCAGAUUUACGGUUGGGUUCCUGCAGAGGGUUAUUACAGAAAGAAUAUACCCAUCUGAGAUCCAUGUUAAGCUAGCGAUUGAGAGUAAGGAAGAGAUCCGCCGGAAUGCGUCUACAGUUAGGUUGCCUCCCGAUGGAGAACACGAAUAUGAAGGGCUGCCGCCGUUGCAGUAUGGCACUGUGAAUGACCCGGUGCCUGAUGACUGGGUCGCGGAAUCCCACCCCAAAAUGGGCAACUUUUACUGCGGAAACAUGAUUUGCAUGUCGAAAGAUAUCCAUUUCUUCCCGGCCGCCAAACCUAACGAUGGUCACAUGGACCUAGCUACUAUGGAUGGUGACGUUGGGCGAUUGAAAGCGGUGGGAGUUAUGCUUGGUGCUGAGACUGGAAAACACUUCGACAUUCCUGAAUUGAACUACAGGAAAGUGCUUGCAUACAGGUUUACGCCAAAGAAUCAAAAGGAUGGAUACAUCAGUAUCGACGGUGAGAAGGUUGCAUUCGCACCUUUUCAGGCAGAGAUCCACCAUGGACUCGGAGUUUCAUUAUCAUUGAGACCUAACGUGUAUGAAGGGCCAACCUUGGUCUAA